UUUAUGGACCAUCACCUGAAGAUGAGACAGCAGCUUCACAAUUUCGAAAAUUAUGGGGAAAGAAAGCAGAAGUACGAAGAUUUAAGGAUGGUAGUAUACUAGAAUGUGUGGUUUGGAAUGUUAAAGGAAUUGAAGAACGCUUUCUUAUUGUUAGCAGGAUUGUCCUAUAUCUACUUUAUCUUCAUUAUGGAAUAAAGGAGGGUAAAGGGCUUCAGUAUUUUGCAGGGCGAUUAAAUGAAAUCGUUAUACCAUCUUCAAAUAUUCCAAAUUAUAUUUGCAAUAAAAAUGAAUAUAAGAAUGGAUUUCGAAAUGUGAUGCAAGCGUAUGAUAAACUAGCGAAACAAUUUAUGACAUUAGAAAAUAUUCCAUUAAGGUUAUCAGGUAUUCGAGCUGCAAGUUCUGCAUUAAGAUACUCUUCAAUCUUUAUACCUCAACCACUUGCUCCCACAUCUACAAAAAAACCAUUUUAUGUGGAUCCAAUUGAAAUUGUAAUUCAGUUUGAACCCUCUGCAAGAUGGCCUGAUGACCUUGCAUAUAUGGACAUACUUACUGAUUCAAAAUUCGCGUUCAGAUGUAGAAUAUAUAACGAACGAGAAAUGACAUUAUUAGAUCGUGGAAUCAAGGAUAAGAAAUUUAGUCAACUCAAAAAAGAUAUAUAUACAAAAGCUUUAGAAAGAGAGAAACGAAUGUUUAUCGAAAUUCCAAUGCAUACUUUACAAAUUCAGACCCUUUGUAAUAAAUGGCCAAGUUUAUCAUUAACCAUCCGAUUUAUCAAACGAUGGUUUAAUACAUAUUUGUUGAGUGAUCAUGUUGAAGAAGAGUGGAUUAAAUGCUUAUCUUCACAAGUUUAUUUAGAACCAUGUCCUUGGAAUAGACCUGGUAAUGGAUUUGUAGGGUUUUUUGUUUUGAAAUUGAUAACUUUUUGGGAUUGGAAUAAUGAAAUAAUGAUUGGAAUUGAUAAACCUAAUAAAGUUGUUGCCAAUAGGAUAAAAGAUUUGGCCAGAUACGCGCUUUUAUAUGUCGAUGAAUUUAUAGAGAAUGGAGAAAACAAAGAUUUUAAG